AUGUGCGACUUCCGGUCAUAACUUAGAAGUAAAUUUUGAAAUGGUCGGUUAAAAACUGCUGUUUAUUUCGAUUUCAAGGCCCCGAUUGCACCACCAUGGCACACUGGACACCGAACCAGUAUCUCCAGUCCAUGGAUGAUGCACUUUCAGAAAAAGAUGGUGUUGUAUGCGCAGAGUUACUGUCCUUUAACCAUCCUCACAUUGCCAACCCGCGCCUCCAGAUGGAGUAUCCGGAGUCAACUGUUCAGAGAGUGUUUGACCCUCCAUGUGAUGAGCUCAUCGCAGCCCAUUUACGGUGUUGCUGGGCUGUAUCCAAUCAUGAUUUCAUUGAAGCCUAUGGUUGCCAGUCCGUGGUGGUACAAGCGUUCGUCAAACUGUUUCAAACUGUGAAAGAGGAGAACUGGCCGCUUUCUAUCAUGUUUUCCGUCUGUCUUGACCUCAGGCUGUUUGCCAACAGUGCAGACCUUCAAGCAUCAAAGAAAGGGAAAGGGAAGCCUGGCGAGAGAUUGGAGAAGUCGGCCGAGCUGUUAAUGUCAUGCUUCAGGGUGUGCGCCAGUGAUAACCGAGCUUCAGUGGAGGAUACAAAGAAAUGGGGCAUGCUUAAUCUAGUCAACCAGUUAUUUAAGAUAUAUUUCAAGAUAAACAAGCUCCACUUGUGUAAGCCGUUGGUGCGGGCCAUAGACAGCUUGCCCAUCAAGGACAGGUUCCCCCUCUCUCAACAGGUCACCUACAGAUACUAUGUCGGAAGGAAGGCUAUGUUUGAUAGUGAUUUUAAAAGUGCUGACGAGUUCCUCUCCUAUGCCUUUGAGCGCUGCCAUCGAGCCAGUAAGAAGAACAAGAGGAUGACCUUGAUUUAUCUGCUACCUGUCAAGAUGUUGUUGGGCCACAUGCCGAAGCAGUCCCUGCUGCAGAAGUAUGAUCUGAUGCAAUUUUAUGAUGUAGCUAAGGCUGUUAGUUCGGGGAAUCUCUUGCUUCUGAAUGAGGCACUAGAGAAGAACGAAGCUUUCUUUAUCAAGUGUGGCAUUUAUCUCAUCCUGGAGAAGCUGAAAAUCAUCACAUACAGGAAUCUCUUCAAGAAAAUUUACCUGCUCCUAAAUACUCACCAGAUACCAAUAAAGGCCUUCACAGCUGUUCUCAGGAUGAUGGAGGUUUCAGAUAUUGAUGAUGACGAGACCUCAUGUAUCAUCGCCAACUUAAUAUAUGAGAACAAGAUAAAGGGCUACAUUUCCCAUCAACAUCAGAAACUCGUGGUCAGCAAACAAAAUGCAUUCCCUGUUCUAGCUUCAGUGUUGUCUUAACUCAUUAACCCCUAAAGACACAUUUGACCUCCUCCUAUUCAAAGGUUACAAUAGUUCAUUAUGAAAUUUCAGGGGUGAAUGAGUUAAUUAAGUUGGUAACACAACCAAUUAAAGGAAUCUCUACAAGCAGGAAAAAAAAAAAAAAUAGCUGUAGAAGUUAAGAGGGCCUUUAAAAAGAUAUAUUUUAAACAUCCUUCCUGUAGGGAAGCUAUUUUGUUCUUCACUGAAGUGAUGUUUUAACAGGAAGUUUCCUGUUUAGUAGAACAGAACUUGACAGGUGCUAGUGUCAUUGGUUACCUUGCAUCACUUUAUUGCUCAACGUAAUGGCGGGAGAUAUAGAAACGGUGUGUCCGUCCAUGCACCUGGUUAAGAAAAAUUGUUCUUAACUAUAUCUUGCCUACUACAAGUGCUAUAUUGAUUAUGCUUGCAUCAAUUGUGUAUCUUGUUGCUCUACUGAAUGCAGAUUGUGAAUGCUGAUUUUGACCUACAUUUUAUGAUUCAUUGACUUGGUUAAGAAGAAUUGCUUUUAUCUUCAUGUAAGGUUAAGAAGAAUUGCUCUUAUCUAUAUCAUGCCUACUACAAGUGCUAUGUUGAUUAUACUUGCAUCAAUUGUGUAUCUAGGGUUGCUCUACAGAAUGCAUAUUGCCGAUGCUGAUUUUGACCAAUAUUUUACGCUUCACAUUUUUAAUGACUAUACUAUUGCACUGCGAGCGGGAGUUAUAGAUGACAGCGUUUUCUUGUUAGCUUUGCUAUUGUGGUAGUCUGACACUGCAAGAUUUUGUUCCAUCUGAGCCAGCAUCAUCAACGACUACAACAGCACUUGUUAACACUAUGACUGCAUAGACUUAUGGCAUUGAACUUUAAACAGUUUGUUUGAUCCCACAGUGUCUACUGAAAUGGAUUUUAGGUGUUAUCUUUUGUAUUUUGACCCAAAAUCUCAUAAAAAAUUGAUGGAAAAUGUGCUGAGUUGUUAAAUUUACAUGUAAAUGUGCCGAGUUUGUGAACGAAGAGAAAAUUGUAUACAGUGUAUUGAAAGUAAUGAAAAAUUGUUAAGUGUAUGAACAUUAUUGAAAAAUUGUGUACAGUGCAUAAGAGGUAAUGGUAUUGGAAUAAAGAGGUGUGCGAGAAGAUUGUAUGCAAUGUGUUAGAAGUAAUGAACAGUUGUUUACAGUGUAUGAACAUUAAUGAACAGUUGUUUACAGUGUAUGAACAUUAAUGAACAGUUGUUUACAGUGUAUGAACAUUAAUGAACAGUUGUUUACAUUGUAUUGUAAGUAAUUGUUUGAAAUGUAAAGGAGAGUAUGCUGUUAAUGUAUAUUUGUUAUGAGAGGCAUGUUUGGUGGAAAUAUUCUAUUAUGAAUGACACAGAUUCUUAAUUUUGAAUAUGUAUACAAUUUGAAAAAGAUGCAGUCAAUAAAAUAUUAAUUUGAAAAAUA